CACUCGUCAUCUCUUCCACUGUUGGCUCUCACAUCAACCACAUCCAAAAAAUAAAGGCACAGAAAUGGAGUCCUCUGGUGCUGCAGAGCAGAAGCUCUUGGAAAAUGGCACUUCGUCUCAAUCUUCUUCCUCGUCCUCUUCGCUGAUAAGAAAAGGUGGCUUGCGAACCAUGCCUUUCAUCAUAGUGAACGAGUGUUUGGAGCGAGUGGCCAGCUACGGGAUCAUGCCGAACAUGAUACUGUACCUGCUCAACGGUUACGGCAUGACUGUUGCCAAGGGCACAAGCGUCGUUUACACUUGGUCUGCUAUCUCCGACAUCUUGUCCAUCUUCGGUGCCUUUAUCUCCGAUUCUUAUUUGGGUCGAUUCCUCGUCAUUUCUAUCGGAUCCUUCUCCAGCCUUCUUGGUUUAAUCAUUUUGUGGUUAACUGCCAUGAUCCCAGAGCUAAAACCUUCCUGUGAAUCAAUCAUGCUACCCUGCAGCUCUGCCACAACAGCCCAACUAGCUGUUCUAUUCCUUUCCUUGGGAUUAAUUUCCAUUGGAGCUGGUUGCGUUAGACCUUGUUCCAUAGCAUUUGGAGCAGAUCAACUGAAAAUUAAAGAAGGAUCUAAUGAUGAGAGGGUCUUGGAUACCUACUUUAAUUGGUAUUAUACCUCAAUAGGGUUAUCAACUAUAAUUGCUUUGAGCUUAAUAGUGUACAUUCAAGAAAAUCUGGGAUGGAAAAUUGGAUUUGGUUUACCUGCUUUGCUAAUGUUCAUAUCGGCUGUCAGUUUUAUCCUUGGUUCUCCCUUCUAUGCCAAAGCGAAGCCCGGUCACAGCUUACUCACUAGUUUUGUACAAGUAGCAGUAGUAUCUGUAAAGAACAGAAAACUUAGUCUUCCUGAAAGUAACUUUGAUCAAUACUAUCAAGACUGCGAUUCUGAGCUGGCGGUUCCUACUGAUAGCCUUAGGUGUUUGAACAAAGCUUGCAUGAUAAAAACUCCUGAGACUCUCUCAAACCCUGAUGGAUCAGUUUCAGAUCCAUGGAGCCAGUGCACAGUCGGACAGGUCGAGUCACUGAAAUCUGUCCUCAGAGUGCUUCCUAUGUGGUCCACGGGCAUCUUAAUGAUGGUUUCCCAAAGCUCAUUCUCUACUCUCCAGGCAACUACCUUGGACCGAAGGUUAUUUGGCAAUUUCAAGAUGCCUGCAGGGUCCUUCAAUAUUAUCAUGGUAAUCACAUUAUCAAUAAUCAUUCCCACAUAUGACCGCAUAAUGGUACCUCUACUGGCAAAACACUGGGGCAUGCCUAGAGGAUUCAGUUGUAAAACACGAAUUGGGAUAGGAUUGUUGUUUGUAUGUGUAGGUAAGGCAACAUCAGCUUUAGUUGAAACUAUGAGACGAACUGCGGCCAUUGAACAAGGCUUUGAAGACCAACCUAAUGCUGUAAUUGACAUGUCAGUUUUAUGGUUGGUUCCUGAGUUUGUUUUGCUUGGAAUAGGUGAGGCCUUUAACCCUAUUGCACAGGUUGAGUUUUUCUACACUGGUUUCCCCAAGACCAUGUCUAGUUUUGCAAUGGCUCUUUUCACUCUUGAGCUAGCUGCUGCUAAUGUAGUGGGAAGUGUGUUGGUGAGCAUAGUUGACAAGAUCACUAGUUUAGGAGGGAAGGAGAGCUGGUUAUCAACUAACAUUAACAGUGGCCAUUUGAAUUACUAUUAUGCAUUGCUCACUUUCUUGGGUGUAAUUAACUACUUCUACUUUCUUGCUAUUUGUUGGGCUUAUGGUCCUGCUCCGUGGCAAAAACUUGAAGCUUCAGGUGACAAGGAAGAAGAGCAAUUUGAGAAAAUGGAGGUACCUACUUCCUAGUUUAAUUUUUAGUAUAGAGGUACUGUAAAAGCAAGAGAAACUGUAUUAUUUUUAGCUGCCUUACGUGUAAAACUAAGAGGUUAUAAAAGUAGAUUUGUGCUAAGAA